GCAACAGCUGAUUGGAAAUCGGCCCCACUGCGGCUAUCGAUAACCGGAGCAGCGUUGUUGUCCAAUCAGAAAAAGUGUAGGCGCAGUGGAUUAGCAUAAAUAAAAUCCCAGAGAUCAAUGUUGAGGCCGCGCAGUGCGAAACUGAGAUAACAAAUCCCACGAGCAAGAAGAAGAGCCGAAAAAGAGCCAGAGGAUUAAUAACAUUAGAGACUAGCAACUGAGCAAAAGCAAUAGCAACGCAAUGUCGCGCAAAAUGGCCAAGUUCUACAAGCUGGACAUCAACCGCACCGAGUGGGAGAUACCGGAGACGUACCAGAACCUCCAGCCAGUGGGACAGGGAGCCUACGGGCAGGUGUGCAAGGCCGUGGUCCGCGGCACGAGCACCAAGGUGGCCAUCAAGAAGCUGGCCCGGCCCUUCCAGUCGGCCGUCCACGCCAAGAGAACGUAUCGGGAGCUCCGGCUGCUGAAGCACAUGGACCACGAGAACGUCAUCGGUCUGCUGGACGUCUUUCAUCCCGGACAGCCCGCCGACUCCUUGGAACAAUUUCAACAGGUCUACAUGGUGACCCACUUGAUGGACGCCGAUCUGAACAACAUCAUACGCACCCAGAAGCUGUCCGACGACCACGUUCAGUUCCUGAUCUACCAGAUCCUGCGCGGUCUGAAGUACAUCCACAGCGCCGGGGUCAUCCAUCGCGACCUGAAGCCCUCGAACAUCGCGGUGAACGAGGACUGCGAGCUGCGCAUCCUGGACUUUGGGCUGGCGCGUCCCGCGGAGAGCGAGAUGACCGGGUACGUGGCCACGCGAUGGUACCGGGCGCCCGAGAUCAUGCUGAAUUGGAUGCACUACAACCAGACGGUGGACAUUUGGUCUGUGGGCUGUAUAAUGGCAGAGUUGCUGACCGGGCGCACCCUCUUCCCCGGCACCGACCACAUCCAUCAGUUGAACCUGAUCAUGGAGGUGCUGGGCACGCCGGCCGACGAGUUCAUGAGCCGCAUCUCCUCGGAGAGUGCCCGGAACUAUAUCCGCUCACUGCCCGUGAUGCCGCGCCGCAACUUCCGCGACCUCUUCCGCGGCGCCAAUCCGCUGGCCAUCGAUCUGCUAGAGAAGAUGCUGGAACUGGACGCCGACAAGCGCAUCACGGCAGAGCAGGCGCUGGCCCAUCCGUACAUGGAGAAGUACCACGAUCCGACCGACGAGCAGACCGCCGCGCUCUACGACCAGAGCUUCGAGGAGAACGAGCUGCCGGUGGAGAAGUGGCGGGAGAUGGUCUUCACCGAGGUGACAGCCUUCAAGCCCACGGCCGCCUUCGCCGAGCUACUGCCCAAGGAGCAGUAAUCCCGGCCGCUGUCCCUGUCCGUUCAAUGAUGCUAUACAUACAUUUAGAUCAGUCUUCUUUACGCCUAGUUCAAGCGGAUGUGCUCAGUCGUGAUUUCCCUACUCGUCGAGUGUAAACAAUCGGAGGGUAUUUAUUGUAGAGCGAUUUAUAUUUAGAAACGCUUCAGUGGCUGGUUUUAAACAAUUUGUUUUGACCGCAGGGGCGCACGUAAACGUAAGGUGAAAAUGUAUUUUCGAACCUCCGAUUCGCAUUCGAUGAAUACAAAAAUUGCGGCUGAACUAGGUGCAUGCAUAUAAUGUAGCGAUUCGGAAAUGUUUCCACAGAUCAAUCAGUCACAGCCUUAAUGUCCAGUUCAACUUUAGAUUUGGUGUCGGUCUUAGCACGCAGUUCUUGUGAAUAAUCCUGUAAAUGUGAGUGUACAUGUACAUCCUAGUCCGUAAGCGAACGCAUCUCGCGGCCAGUAACUAUAAAAAGAGCACUAGUGUCUACGUUGAAUCCAAAUAAAUGUGCUAUGUAUUUUAAAA